AUGGCACGAUCCGCGGCCACCACGGCCACCAAGGAGGCCACUCCCCCGGCCAAUUCCUCGCCUGCGCCUCAGCAGGACGGCAACGACUUCCUCUGGACCUACACUGAAGAGCCGCACCGGACGAGGCGUCUCGCCAUCAUCAAAGCCCAUCCCGAGGUCCUUAAGCUUUGCGGUCCCGAACCCUUGACGAAAUAUGUUGUUGCCGGCGUUGUUGGCCUUCAAGUUGUUCUCGCCUAUCUCCUGCAAUCAACGCCCUUUUGGUCCUUGAAGUUCUGGGCCAUCGCAUACAUCUUUGGCGCCACCGCGAACCAGAACCUGUUUCUGGCCAUUCACGAGAUUUCUCACAAUCUUGCCUUCAAGAGCCCUUUGGCCAACCGCUUGAUUGCUAUUGUUGCCAACCUGCCCAUUGGCAUUCCCUACAGUGCUUCUUUCAGGCCAUACCACCUCACUCACCACAAGUCCCUCGGCGUCGAUGGCCUUGACACUGACCUGCCCACCGCUCUCGAGGCCUUUGUGCUCAACUCCAUCCUCGGCAAGGCAUUCUUCUGCACCUUUCAAAUCUUCUUCUACGCCAUCCGUCCCAUGACGGUGUACCGCGUGGACCUGACCAAAGUUCACGCUCUCAACAUCCUUGUUCAGCUGGCGUUUGACGUCGUCCUGGUCCGCUUCACUUCCUACAACGCCCUCCUCUACCUUCUGCUCUCUUCCUUCUUGGCAGGCAGCCUGCACCCCUUGGCUGGCCACUUCAUCGCCGAGCACUAUGUCUACGAGACCAUUACCCCCACUCAGCGCAACCCCGACAACAAGGUCCCUCUUCCCGAGACCUUUUCAUACUAUGGUCCUCUCAACAUCUUUGCUUACAAUGUUGGAUACCACAACGAGCACCACGACUUCCCCGCUAUCCCCUGGACACGACUUCAUUCUCUGUAUGAGAUUGCCAAGGAGUUUUACGAGCCCCUGCCUCACCAUCAGAGCUGGACUUAUGCCAUCUGGCGAUUCAUCUGGGACGAAAACGUUGGCAUGAGCUGCCGCGUCAAGCGAAAGGAGGGUGGCCGUUUGGUUGGCGGUGGCGCCAAGUGGAAGCAGUCCGAAGUUGAAGCCUAA